GUGUAAUGAAUCAGCUCAUAUUGUUGGGACAGGAGGUAACAUUCAAUCAGCUCCACCUGCACCCAGAGGUAAAUUUAUAUGAGGCGGCGAGUCUUUGGAUGUUAGUUUGAGGUGGUCGGCCUUUGGAUGUCCGCUUGAGGUGGUGGUUUUUUAUGUUAGUUUCAGUUGGUGGAUCUUUAAGUUGCACUUCCAUGUCAGAGGCGUGGCGGGCGGGGACUGGGGGUCCCGCCCCCUCAGAAAAUUCAUUCUAUAAAAAUAAGUGAAACCUGGCCCACCUUGAUUUUUGCUGACCCUCUCUUACCCCUGACACCCAACUCCUGUUUUACCUUCACGUUUAAGGUGCUUAACUUCAAGUAAAUAAAUCCUUAUUUUCGUAAUUUAAAUUAAGAAUAGACGAUGGUUAUUGAAUCACACAGAUUAACGGUUUGAUUAAUGAUUUUCAGUUAAAAUUCAUAACUGUUUGGCAGUAUACUCCAAAUAUGACUAGCCUGAGUCAUGCACUUCUUAGUGGCUGGAAGAUUAGUCAAGUUCGCCCUUUCAAAUUUCGGCUCUAUACUGUCUUGCUAUACGCAGGCUGCACUGAUUCUAUCGUUUCAAUUGUGUCAAUUAAUCCACGUCUCUGUUGGAUUUCGUUGCAAAAUUCUGUAAAUCAGGUGUUAAGGCCUUGUCACACUAUUGCGCAUAAGAGAAACGUGCAAUGAGAAGCGUAUGAAAAUUAAUGAAAUGAUUUUUAUACGCACAAAAAACCUUUGAAAUGCCAGCGUAUGAGUACCGUACAUCUGGCGUACCUCUAGCGUGUGCCUAGAGUAUGCUUGCACAUUCAGCGUGUGCCUAUAGAGUAUGCUUAUCGUAUGAAACGAUACGAUGAAGUAAGUUUAAAAAUAAACGUUGUCUAAGCCGAGAAAAUCAAAGCUAAAGUUUAUGUAAAUAAACAUGAUUUUUUAUCACAUAUAAAACCACGGACACGGCAGUGAUUUCUUUUGUAUCUCCUCAUGAAUUAUUAAUUAAUUAUGCUGCUAUUCAAUUAAAUCCUCAAAUUUGAUGACAGUUCAUAAGCUCUAAUUUAGAAGCACAAAAAUCACUAUAUGCACUUAUAGAAACUGUAAGAACAAUACUCACUAUUCUUGAGUUGAGAUAUACCAACUGCAGUUUUGAACGAGGUGUAUAAUCACGCGUAUUAUUUAAAGUUGGUAAGGUAUUAAUAUUUGUAAUGAGGCACUGAUCAUUAAUACUUCGUUGUUUAAUCUCAAGAAAUACUUGAACUUUUUCCUGAUGAACUUUCUAUUUCCUUUUAGAUGUUUAUACAGUAACAUCCUGGAGAAAACAACACCGAUCUGGAAAAAUGAAGUACGAAGACAACGGUCAUUUAAGAAUCAAUGUUGAUGGAGUUUACUUUGUUUACAGUCAAAUGUAUUACUUUGAUCAGAAUAACACUUAUACUGGUUUCAAUGUGUAUAUCGACAACAAGAGAAUCCUGAAAGCAAUCUACAGUAUUGUUGAUUAUCAUAAACCAUAUCAUACUCAGUUUAUCAGUGGUGUUUUCAAAAUCUACAAGGGCCAGACAAUAUGGGUAGGAAUGAAAAUUAAGAGGAAAUAUUUUUUCGACGAAAGUUCAGCUUUCUUUGGUGCAUUUAUGUUGCAUCCUUAAAUUAAUACGAUCAUUUUGGCAAAGCAUGAAAAAUCGACAAAUAAUCCUCUAAAGGUAGCAUAUGCAAAAAUUACUUACCAAUAUCGCGAUUUUAUCAAUUUAUCCCAAUGGAUUGAGUUAAAAUCACGAUACAGACCGUGCCAUCGGUUUCUGCUAUGCCUAUAUAUGAUCAUCCCUCUCGUCUUCUUUAUUAUGGUAGAUUAUGAUGGGGUCCAUGCAAUCAUUCAUGCAAUUUAUAAAGUAAUUAGUUAGAAUUUUUGAUUACAACAAUAUCAAUAGACAUUAUGCAUUCUUUUUCUAACGACUAGUAGUAUAACAUAAAAUUGUAAAUAAUUAUUGUAUAAGCAGUAUCAACUAUCAAGUAUCAUAUAUACACAAAUAAGGCAAGAAAUGUACCGAGUACUUUUAAUAGUAAUUUUUAAGUAAUUUUGUUAAUUGAAAUGUAAAUAUCAACUUCUAUUUCUUAGACUCGUUUGUAGAUACUAUAAACUAAUAAUAAAACUGUAUAACCGACACUGAAAUAAUUAGAAAAUAUUGGACUGGCCCAGUUGGAUCAUAAUCAUACAUUAGUUAAAGUUAACGACGUUUUAUACAACCGGCC